GCCUUCUUCCUUCUCACUAGCUCAUUCGGCCAUAUGGUCGUCGCUGGACUGCCCAACGCCGAUAUUGCCGGUGCUGUUGUGAAUCUUCUUUUCGUCAUGAUGUUUGCGUUUAAUGGUGUCCUUGCUGGACCAAAGCAACUCCCCGGCUUUUGGGUCUUCAUGUAUCCCGUCAACCCUUUCACGUACAUCGUUGAAGGCUUCCUUGGGAUGACCCUUGCCAGCGCCCCUGUUACUUGUGCCGACAAUGAGAUCCUCACUUUCCAUGCCCCUAAGGGAAGCACUUGUGCCGAGGAUAUGUCCGACUAUAUCAACAUGGCUGGUGGACAACUGGUCAAUUCUAGUCAAUACGAUUCCGAAUGUUCUUACUGCCCCAUCGCCGACACAAAUGCGUUCCUGGCCAGCAUUAGCGUUGACAGGGCCCAUAGGUGGAGGAACUCUGGCCUGUGGUGGGUGUACAUUGUUUUCAACAUCGUUGCUACCACAAUUUUCUACUGGUUGGCUCAUGUGCCUAAGAACUGCAAGAUUAACAAGGAGUAGCUGGUAACCUAAGGUCUUGUCUUCUGUUCCUUUUGCCGUUUCAUUUUACCUCUCCUAGUCAUCUAUCACAGCCAUUGUCUUUCAUUGAUGGAACCAUGACAAGACAUACCUGGAGAAGGCCACAUCCGCAUCUUUAAUAUUUUGUCUUACAUUCUUUGCUUUAGAUAUUUUCUCCAUGCCUGAUUGUCUAGACUAGUUUCCAUUCUCUAUAGAGUUACAUUCUUGCGU